AUGGCGGACGAAAUGGAAACUGAUGCCUGUCUUGUUAACGAAAGCGGCCAAAGGACGGGCUAUGAUAAAUUUCGGUUAAAACGUAUUCAGGCUUGUUUGGUCGAAAGCAUGGACACUGUCGAAGUCCGUAAAUUGAUUGACUUGUUACGGGCUAAAGGUAUCUUUAACUCCUUUGAAUACGAGACAGUUUUUUACGAACAGAUCACCGAGAACGCUAUACGCAAACUUUUGGAUAUCUUGAAAGAUAAAGUCGACAAUAUUGAUGGCUCACUUGCCUUUGAUGUUUUUGUUAAUUUCCUGAAGGACGACUGCGGCAAUGAGGAAAUCGCUCAAGCAUUAAUUGAAGCCGAUGGUUACCCUGAAUGCUAUAAAGAAGCCUUAGAAGCCAUAGAGGUUGCUGAAGGGAUGAACAUGUCUGAUAAAAUUUUAGGCGGUGUCAUCAGACAUAUUUCCGGGAAUUGGAAAGCUGUCGCUCAUCAGUUGGAUAUGCUUCCAUUCAUUCCUAAAGAAGUUUUGGUUUUGCUGUCUAUCCAGACCAGCAUUUUUUCUGACUAA